CCAUUUACCAUGUACGUCCUAUUUUGAUUUGUCCUGCCAAGAUGUAGCACCUCACACUUAUCAGCAUUAAACUCCAUCUGCCAUCUUUCAGCCCACUCUUCCAACUGGCAUAAUUCUCUCUGUAGACUUUGAAUAUCUACUUCAUUAUCCACAACCCCACCUAUCUUAGUAUCAUCUGCAUACUUACUGUGAGGAAAGAGUUAACAGGCAUGGUUGAUUUAGACUAGGGAUAGAAAAAUAACUUAGAAAGAAAUAAGGCAGAAACCAGACUGCUAGUAGAUUAAAAAGUAACGAUAUAAGAACAGAGAGAAAUUCUAGAUAAAAAGUAGCAGUAGAAAGACUUCAGCAGGAGAUAGUAAAGAAAUUAGAACAAAGGGGAAAGGGACACGAAGUCACGCUCAACUACGCAUGCUUGAUGAGAUUACAUGAAUAUGUACACACACCCACUAUGACAAGAUGCCUAAUUUAAAUGCACAUGCGAUGCAUGAUAGGGGAGGUGUCUUUGACGUUAGGUGGGCGUUCCCAGACGUUCUCGUGGGAAACAGGGCUUUAUGUUAUGAUUGGAAGAAGCUCAAUGGGGAGGGAUGAGAAUGUGAUAAUAAUGAAAUGAAAUGUAUAAAGAUAGAAAGCAUCUCCAUCUUCGGUGUGCCUCUAGGGGACAUCAGAGGAGAGGCACCUAUUCUGCAGAAUAUGAAAUUAAUAAAAACACUUCUUUGUCUGAAUUUGUCUCAAGAGCAUUUGUGAUUUUUGAAUCUCACAACUUGGGGGCUCGUUCCGGGAUCCAAUACUCUGGACAGCUGACGGGAGUAGACGGACGAAGGGAAGGUGCACCCUGCUGAGUUCAGCGGUCUCAGACUCCUUGCUUGCCGUCAGCUGUUUAAGCAGUAGUAUCCGGACCACACAGAGACUCGGCAAAGAAGUGGGAGUUGUUGGAAAUCAUGAAAAAUCAAUCGAGCAAUUUCUGUGCACAGAACCCAGAACUAAAAAUUAAAGGAUUGCUGGCCCAGAGCCCACCACUGGACUUUCCAAUUCACUCAGUCAAGGCUGGAGACUGGGUAUUAAUAAAAACGUGGAAAGAAGAAAAGCUGCAACCUAAGUGGACUGGACCCUACUUGGCAUUACUAAUCACGGAGACAGCAGUACGAACAAAAGAGAAAGGGUGGACACACGCAAGUCGAGUUAAGGGUCCUGUGGAGGCCCCACCAGACGAUAUCAGCCCGUGGACAGUGCGCAAAGGAGAAGAACCAUUGACUUUAAUAUUUACCAAGAACCCGCAGGAAAAAUGAAGAUUUCGUGUUGGUGGGUCGUGUGUUGGGUGGUUACCCAACUUGUAAGUAAUGUAACAUGCAUAAAAAUCACAAUACCACAAAAUAGAAGGUCCACCACCAUCCCAUUUAAUGUAUGUAAAGGAAAAAGGUGGUGCGGCUAUAGAAUGUAUGUAUGCACCCAUCCCUGUAAAGAUUGGCACGCGGUGUUUACUUCAUCAAAAUAUGGGUGGCAUCGGACCACCUAUCAAACUGAUAGGUGGAGAGUAUAUCAAAACCCGAACGAGAAAUUGCCAGGACGCGUAUAUGUGAGCAUACAGAGUGUUCAGAUACAGGAAAGUGGUAGGUAUUGGAUAUGUGCAGAUAAAACAGGGAAGGACGCAUGUCUGAAGUUUGAGAUAGAAGUAAAGCGAGAUGGGAAGAUGGUAAUAUACGAGGAUAGGGGAGAGGUGUUCAAGAUAGAUGACAGUCAGAAUAGGGAUCCCGGGGCAACACCUGCACCACCAGUAGUCAGCAAUGUCACCAGGGAAAAUGAGUCUAAGAAGCUGAAGAUAAUGAUAGUAGCAGGAGAAACAGGAUUAAGGCAGUUAUAUGAGAAGGGAAUACCAACAGGGGGAAAAGGAGCCAACACCUGGCUUGCCUGGAUGAUGUACACAGCCAGAAGUAUGCAACAAACCAAUUGUUACGCCUGCGCUGGAGCUAGGCCUCAGCUGGUCCCAGUACCAUUUCCCCUGAAUUGGGAUAGAACACCUAGGGCUAUGAUAUGUAUACUACAGCUAUUCACGAAUCCCCUCUUACAAAAAAUGAGAUAUGCCAGAGUUAUCAUUACCUAUUUCCGGCCAGCAACAACAAUACGAAGGGCCGAAGGGAAGAUCCUCGACCUCCUCCAUUUACCAUUCCUUUUGGGGAGGAGUGGUUUGAGUGCUAUACAAGAAAUAACCCAGAGGGACAGGACAUGGGGGAGGUGCUCAACUGCAAUCAGACGUAUAACAUAACGGCUGAGGAACAGGGCCCACUGUUCAAUAGCUCCUGGCUGAAAAAGCAGAUAGUCAGUAGAGCCGAUGUCUGGUGGUGGUGCGGGGAGAAUACCCUGUGGCCCCGGUUACCAGGGUCAUGGACGGGAACCUGUACCCUCAUACAACUGAUGAUGCCCUUCACCAUAGCAGUAGAACAUGCUGUAGAACUCAAUAAAGGAAGCCGACGACAAAAGAGAAAGGUGAGAGGAUCAUUCGACACACACAUCUAUAUAGAUGCGAUAGGGGUGCCAAGAGGGGUACCCGAUAAAUUUAAAGCCAGAAAUCAGAUAGCUGCGGGCUUUGAGUCCAUACUCUUCUGGUGGUCCACAAUUAAUAAAAAUGUGGACUGGAUCAACUACUUAUACUACAAUCAACAACGCUUUAUAAAUUACACUCGAGAUGCAGUUGAAGGAUUAGCGGAACAACUGACAGCUACCAGCCAAAUGGCCUGGCAAAAUCGCAUGGCCUUGGACAUGCUACUGGCUGAGAAGGGAGUGGUGUGUGUAAUAUUUGGCGAACAAUUUUGCACAUUCAUCCCCAACAACACUGCUCCGGAUGGGUCAGUGUCAAGAGCCCUAGCAGGGCUCACCUCUCUGUCUAUCGAAUUGGCUGAGAACUCUGGAGUUGACACCUCCUGGACCGGGUUUCUAGACUCCUGGUUUGGGAAAUGGAAGCACAUCUUUACAUCUGCCCUAACAUCAGUGAUAGUCAUGGUGGGCUUACUGUGUUUGUUCGGAUGUUGUAUCAUUCCCUGCGUACGGGGAUUGGCUCAGCGAUUGAUAGAAACAGCCCUGACGAAGAACAGUGCAGCCACCAUAAUGGCCCUCAGACCACAGUAUGACCUACGAGAGGAGGAUAGGGAGGUGAAGAACCUUCUGCUAGCAUUAGAAAAGGAGGAGAUAGUGUAAAUCAAGGGUGCGUAGCAAAAAGAAAAUGAUGGAUUGUGAGGAAAGAGUUAACAGGCAUGGUUGAUUUAGACUAGGGAUAGAAAAAUAACUUAGAAAGAAAUAAGGCAGAAACCAGACUGCUAGUAGAUUAGAAAGUAACGAUAUAAGAACAGAGAGAAAUUCUAGAUAAAAAGUAGCAGUAGAAAGACUUCAGCAGGAGAUAGUAAAGAAAUUAGAACGAAGGGGAAAGGGACACGAAGUCACGCUCAACUACGCAUGCUUGAUGAGAUUACAUGAAUAUGUACACACACCCACUAUGACAAGAUGCCUAAUUUAAAUGCACAUGCGAUGCAUGAUAGGGGAGGUGUCUUUGACGUUAGGUGGGCGUUCCCAGACGUUCUCGUGGGAAACAGGGCUUUAUGUUAUGAUUGGAAGAAGCUCAAUGGGGAGGGAUGAGAAUGUGAUAAUAAUGAAAUGAAAUGUAUAAAGAUAGAAAGCAUCUCCAUCUUCGGUGUGCCUCUAGGGGACAUCAGAGGAGAGGCACCUAUUCUGCAGAAUAUGAAAUUAAUAAAAACACUUCUUUGUCUGAAUUUGUCUCAAGAGCAUUUGUGAUUUUUGAAUCUCACACUUGCCCUUGAAGAAAAACGUUAGAAAGUGCUA